CUCCGGCGGCCUACCGGUGUCCUGCGUUCAGUGUCCUGACACCCACUGGUGCCUAUGGCAUUCUGUUCUCUGACACUCAUUGAGUACGCCGGUUUCUCAGUUCCGGUUCCACACCCUAUUUCCACUUCAAUUAGUACCGCCCGAUCAGCCAUGACAAGGGCCCCCACUUCUACUGGCAGAACCACCGUCAACCAGGCUUCGAGGAUAGAGUCUGCUCGCAGACUUCCUAUGCCCCAGCAUGGCGAGGACCAGUAUAGCCGCCCGGCUCGGUGGAUAGCGGAUCUCGAAAAUCAGGCAGGGAGCCAUACUAAUACGGGUUUACCCCUUCCAGCCCCUCAAGUUUAUCGUCAAGGUUAUCGAGUCGGUGGGCAGACUAGUCUUCUGCCUACGUAUACUCAACAAGGAGCACUUUAUCGGGCGGACAGAUGAAGCCAUUCAGACUUCGGCCGUGAUUUCCGAUCGGCGAGGGACUUCUCCUACGGUCACUCUAGUCGCACGUGCGCUUCUAGCACACCCGCGGCGCCGUGGGGAAAAAUCUUCAAGGUCGUUCUGUGGGUUUUGGUCACGUCUUUAAUCUUCUAUGGGGGAUAUCACGGUGUUCUCAAGCUCGUUAAAGACAUGCGGAGUGCUUUGGCGGCACUGAAAUACAAAGCAAGUAGUAUGGUGCAAGCCGUCGAAGACUUCACAGGCAACGCAGUAAAAGCAGUCAAGGAAUUCAUUUUGAAUCUGGGAAGCAAAUUUGACUUCGUAGAAGUUUAGAUUAGGUACGAUCCCCAACUUCGAACCAGGUCAGCUCCAGUCUUUUCGGCAUCACAUCAGGGUUAAGAAGUACAUGCAGACCAACGGCAACAAUUAUCUUCAAUCAAUAAUAUCUAACACUGAAUGAGAAUGCAGACUAAGCUGCCAUGUUAGUAG